GACCUGGAGAAAGAUAACGCGGGGCAGGUGACGCUGAUCCCCGAGGAGCCCGAGGACAUGUGGCACACCUACAACCUGCUGCAGGUGGGCGACAGCCUGCGGGCCUCCACCAUCCGCAAGGUGCAGACCGAGUCGGCCACGGGCAGCGUGGGCAGCAACCGCAUCCGCACCACCCUCACCCUCUGCGUGGAGGCCAUUGACUUCGACUCGCAGGCCUGCCAGCUGCGGGUCAAGGGCACCAACAUCCAGGAGAACGAAUACGUCAAGAUGGGGGCCUACCACACCAUCGAGCUGGAGCCCAACCGGCAGUUCACCCUGGCCAAGAAGCAGUGGGACAGUGUGGUGCUGGAGCGCAUCGAGCAGGCCUGCGACCCGGCCUGGAGCGCUGAUGUGGCGGGCGGGGGUUUGCCGGGGGGGUUGGCUCACGUCUGCCUGGUCACCCCUAGCAUGACCCUCACGCGUGCCAAGGUGGAGGUGAACAUCCCUCGCAAGCGGAAAGGGAACUGCUCUCAGCAUGACCGCGCUCUGGAGAGGUUUUACGAGCAGGUGGUGCAGGCGAUCCAGCGGCACAUCAACUUCGAGGUGGUGAAGUGUGUGCUGGUGGCCAGCCCAGGCUUCGUACGGGAGCAGUUUUGCGACUACAUGUUUCAGCAGGCAGUCAAGACCGACAACAAGCUCCUGCUGGAGAACAGGUCCAAGUUCCUGCAGGUCCACUCUUCCUCAGGACAUAAAUACGCGUUGAAGGAGGCCCUUUGUGACCCAGCUGUAACUAGCCGUCUCUCUGACACUAAGGCAGCUGGUGAGGUCAAAGCCUUAGAUGACUUCUAUAAAAUGCUGCAGCAUGAGCCAGACCGGGCUUUUUACGGUCUAAAACAUGUGGAGAAGGCCAAUGAAGCCAUGGCCAUUGACACGCUGCUGAUCAGUGAUGAGCUCUUCCGGCACCAGGAUGUGGCUACGCGUGCUCGAUACGUUAAGUUGGUAGAUAGUGUACGGGAGAACAUGGGCACAGUGCGCAUCUUCUCCAGCCUUCAUGUGUCUGGGGAGCAGCUUGGGCAGCUGACAGGGGUGGCAGCCAUCCUGCGCUUUCCUGUUGCUGAGCUCUCUGACCAGGAAGAUGAAUCUAGCUCUGAAGAAGACUGAUCAUGGUGACUUCAUUCCACCCUUUCUUUUCCCAGUUCACUUUGAAAAGACAACAAACACCUUCUCUUCCUAAAGACUAUGUGCAGAUGUGCCAUGGCAUGUAAUUUAAGUUUUUGAUAGCAUUUCUUACAAUAUAAAGCUGUGAUCAGCACUCUUAACGGAUAUCUGUUCUAUGAUUACAGUUAUGGGUAUACUGUGGAUUGGAGCUGAUUGUUUUUGCAAGUUAUACUCUGUACUUUCAGCAGUACAAGAAACUGAUUUCACUCCCAAAAGCAGUUCUUUUUGCAUAUUCGUGCAGACUGGCAGCUUAAUAUUUUGGAGUGUGUAUUCAAAGAUAAUAAAUUAAGAGGGAGAAACAUGCCAGACUGUCUUUAUUUCUGUUUUUAAGUGCUUGAAAACAGUAUUACAAAAUAAGUCUUAAAAACUUCUUCAGAUAAGACCUUUCCAAACUGAGCUUGAUCUUCUUAGGUACUCACUUUCCACAUCUUAGGAAGAAGGGUAGAGGAGUGGGAUGAAUGUCAGCUGUUAGGAGCUUUCUUGUAUGGAUAUACUUGUACACUUGCAUAAUUUUGGAAAUAUCUGAAGCAAUCUUUCAGAAACUAGACCUUUUAAGUUAUUUCCUCCCUGAUGUAAUAGCAGACGUAGGACAGAUUGUGGAGCUCAGUAAGUCCAUUUGAGGUAUCUCUUAAAUGAUGUUUUCUUGGAAGAUUGUUCCGAGGGCUAACAAGGGGAAUGAUGUAUUUUGCAAUUGACUGUUUUCUAAUGAAUUAGCAUUGGAAUUAUUUCAUGCCUAGUUCUGCAGAACCUUAUCAAUAUAAGUGUGGCUUACAGAAACAGAUCCCUGGUUUCUGUUGGGAAUCUUUUGAGUAUUAAUAGUUCUGAUAAUUUCAUAAUCUGUUAUUUCACUACCAGUGUACCCGUUUAAAAACAUUUAUUUCCAAUUUAUAGCUUGUACAUAUAAAUUACAAUUUUAUAAGCAUAGCUGCAGCCUGAGAUACUGAUAACUGUAAAAAUCAAUGGUGUUUUUCCAGUUGUUCAGUACAACAGUACUAUCAGAACUACAAUGAGUUUUAUUUCCAUUAAACAUUAUAUCUUAGGCUGAGGAAACAAACUACUUUCAUAUUCUGACAAGAUCCCCUGCAAGGGGAUUGUUUAACUUAAACCUAAGGUUGGUGUGUAAGUAAGCUUUUGCUUUAUGUGUGUGAGUGGUGUCUGUGUGGGGGUGCGUUUUUGUAAAUGGGAGAAGAUGGGAAAGACUUGCCAAAAAUGAGAAUAAAAUUUAAGAAAACGUACCAGAGACUUCUGAAAUACAGAUAGGGACAUAAUGAUUGAGGAGUGAAAAUUAAAAACAAACAAACAAAACCCACUUUCAGUCUAGGCAGAGUAACUUCAGAAAAUUAUUGAUUUUUUUUCCUUUUUUUUUUUUAACCUUUAAAAUGCUGUUGUAUGCUAGCUCUGUGAUUUUGAUAAUAUUAAUCUAUUGCAAAGUUUUACCAACUGAAACUUUAGCCUAGACCUAUUGAUGAGGAAGUCUGUGUGCAUUAAAAGCCCUCUGCCAUCCUGUCUUUCACAUCAUGUUAAUAAAGUACGGCUCUAAUAUGCAUUCUCUUCAUGCACUUUUUAGACUGUGUGAAUGUUGAUUCUCCUGUCAAUGAAGACAAGCCCUUAAAGCAGUUCUUUUAGAGUACACAACAACAGUGUUAUUUGAGCCUUAGUUUUAUCCUGAGUGGUGUUGAAUGCCCUCUAUCCCAGAAUCCUUAACUAGAUUUCUUUCAACUAUUAGAACUGGUUAAUUUAAAAAUGAUGUUCGUUCUUAUAAAAGUCUGCCUAAGCUGCCUAAACACUUGGCCCGCUAGCAAGCACGUGAAUUUGUGCUAUGUACUAGGUUAAGUGUAAAGAAUGUAUUCAACACUUGGAAGAAUCAGACUACUUCAAUAAAUAUUAUUUAACAAAUGAUUGCUUGCAUUAAGCAGUCUCAUGCUGUCUAAUGAGUCAUUAAUUUAUCUUUCUAGGAAAGGCUAGUAUAUUAAUAUUUCUGUGCUUAUAAGUAUUGACAAUUUGUUGCCAUUGUAAGCUCACGGUACUUAAGAUUAUAUUACAGUAGGAAAUUCUUAAUUUAAUUCUUAGAAAACUAAAAGAGAUCUAAAACACUUUAAUAUAAUUUAUUUGGACUCAAACUAUUCUUAGACUGUCAAAUGGUUUGCUCUUCUUUUGAACCAACUUGAGCCAAGUUACUCCAUUUAAAAAAGAAAUGGUGAAGAUUUUUUGCUGUAGAUUGUAGGAAGGUUACAGUGGCAAUUCUGCAAGUCUUUACUUGUGUCUUGUAGUAGUUUUUCACUAAGAAAAAAUGCAACCUGUUUGUUGUUUACUUUAAGGCAUAACAGGAAGCAUUUGGUAAGAAAAUGUGUUCAUAGUGAUUCUUUGUCAAUUUAUAUUUAGAGUUAAAACUCUGCACCAACUUUAUAAUUUAGGAAUAGUAUCUUUUCCUUUUAUAGCUACUGUUAUCAUAGCAUUAAGUCUCUGAAAGAAAUAUAUCUAGUUGUCCAAAACAUGGAAGGGUGGGAUUUUUUUUUUUUUAUUUUUAAACACUUUUGUAGUAAAAUAGAUACACAGUCAUUAUGUAGACAAGUGCAUCCUGUUUCAGGAAACAGUUUAAGGGCUUGGUUUUGAAAGCAGACUAUGCUCAGUAGUGCAGAUGCUUUACCUGGCAGAAUUCCAGGGAUGUUAGUGUCUUUUACAUUUAAGGGAACUUUGAAUGGUUGUAAAGUCCAUAUUGGUGAAGAUACUUGCUUAACAAAGACCUUAACUUCUGUUCAUAAUAGCACUUACAAAGGAGAUGCACAUUAUCUGCAGUUUAAAUCAGUAAGUGCUAUAGCCAUGGGAAAACAUUUUUUU